AUGAGCAAUGAUCGGAUUUCGCGGCUGCCGGAGCACAUCAUCCACCACAUUCUGUCAUCUAUACCCGUAAAAGAUGCGGGUCGAACUUCCAUUUUGUCUAAGGACUGGAAAACAGUAUGCACUUCGUACAACAUUUUGCCAUCUUUACAUUAUGAUCACAAUUCUUUUGCAUCAGAGUUACUCCUCUCUGGUCAAGAGCCCGAAAUUUUCGAAAUAAGGGACAAAUUCAUGGAUUUUGCGGAUAAUAACUUGGUAAGAAUAAACCAUGAAAAUUCACCCGUGGCAAGAUUAAUAUUAGAUGUGGUGGUAAUUAGGGACGAGUUUUCACGUGUUGAUCAAUUAAUGGAUAUUGUUGGAAAAACCAAGGUUGAUGAAUUGUGCAUUUCUGUGCAAACAAAAGAUUCUCGUUGGUAUUCUCAUUUGUAUGAUGAUAUGUCUGAGGAAGAAGACGAAGAAGAUGAGUAUAUAUGUUACGAGUUCCCGUACACGAGUGUAUUGGCUUCUAAACAGUUGCAAUCUCUUUCGAUUACAUGGUGUAAGUUCAUGUGUAACAAACGUACUCUAACUAUCAACGAGAAUAAUGUCAAUGUGGGCGUGUUUUCUUCUUUGAAACAGUUGUGUUUAUCGCGUGUCAUGUUAAACAACGAAGCGUUAAGCAACGUAGGAAGUUGUUGUCCAUGGAUUGAAUUCGUAAGGUUUGAAUUCUGCAUUUUUUUGUUCGAAUCCCUUAAACUCUCGAAAUUUCCUAACCUAAAGAAGGCUUCUAUCGAGAGUGAAGAAUUUAGGAGGCUACAUAAUGUUGACUGUAUAGGAACUAAACUUGAGAGUUUUCAUUGUCAAAGUGAUUAUUUAAAGUGGGUGAUUAAUCAAGAUGCUUGUAGUAAUAUCAGAAAACUACAACUUGGUUAUUUAUCUGUAAAUAACCCUAGUUUGUUUGAAGAUCUUUCAAUUAACUACUUUUCCAUUGAUGGAGAAAGCAGAAAUUACAGAUAUCAGAGGUGUAAAUACGAUUAA